ACGAACAAAUUUUUUUAAACAAUGAUGAACUUCGAUUACGAAAUCGUGAACAAUUAAUUGAAAAACUUGAACGAGUUAUUCAAGAAAAAAAUGCUUCUAUUGUUAAACUUGAAGAACGUGAACAAUACUUAGAAGAUACAUUGAAAAAACGAAAUAUAGAAUUUCAGAUACUUGAAGAAAAUUUACGACAAUAUGAAGACAAGUCUGGUGGUCAUGUCGGUCGAAUUGUACCACGAACAUGGCAAAUAGCUGAUAAAAUGAAAGCUAUUACAGGCUAUUUACCAGAUGAUACAGAAAAUUCUAAUGAUAAUAAUCGUGUUCGACGAUAUAUAGCUAAAUAUACAAUAAAUCCUGCAUUAACACAUGGUUGUGCACAUGUUAUUGGUUCAGUUGAACAACAUAAAAUGGCUGAUCUUGUUUUAUGGCAACCGAUGUUUUUUGGUGUUAAACCUGAAACGAUAAUAAAAGGUGGUCAAGUAUCAUGGUCACAAGCUGGUAUUGGUGUUUAUGCUGAUGUAAGACCAGAACCAAUUUGUUUAAGAAAAAAAUUUGGUGCCGUUGGUCGAAGUCCAAAUGCAAAUUCAGUAGUUUUUGUUUCAAAAGCAUGUGCUGAAUUAAGUGCAUCAAAUUCUUAUGGAAUAUGUAAACAUGUUGAAGCUGUACACGAUAUUCGUAUGAUAACACGUUUACAUAUGAUUCGUAAUGAAAAUACACCAAAAAUUGAUGUUGAUUUAUCAACCGGUCAAAUAACACUCGAAAAAGAUGGUGAAAAAAUUGUUCAUGAACCAUUACCACUUGCUGCUCGUUUACCAUUAGCUCAACGUUACUUUAUAUUUUGA